AAAGACCACAAAGUUCGUGUUGGUUCACAGAUUCACAGGAUAUUCUAAGUUGGAAGGGACCCACAAGGAUCGUUGAGUUCAACCCUUAAGUAAAAUCCCAUAUGGGGAUUGAACCCACAAUCUUGGUGUUGUUAGCACCGUGCUCUGACCAGUUUUGUGUAGCUUCAGAUCACCCUCCCUCAAGUAACAGCAGUAAUUUAAGUUGUUGCUCUGGUUUUAAAUUUGCGAGUCCAGUAUGUUGUGGGAUUUUGUCACUUUUCUCUCUUUAAGUGCCCUCAUGUCUAUCUGGAAAGAAUUGCACUGGAAUUGACAUGGUACUUACAUUAUAUCUUCAAAAGACUUGAGGGGGAAAAUGGCUUCCUUAUUUAUGCUGUUCCUGUCGCCAGGCUGGACUUGGGAGUGGUUCAACUACUACGGCAGACAGUUUGGAACAGAUCAUGUAUUUGCUGCCUCCUGAUAAGGAAUAUUCAAAUUUCAAUGUGGAAAAGUGUUUGCCUUCAAGCUUAAACAGUGUGUCUACUGACAGCCUUAUAGUUUUGAUGUUUUAAGUGUUCAAUAGUGCAGUCAUAGUCACUAGAAAACAUAAUUUAUGUGAUUUCAUCUUUGUUUCACUGUAGUGCACAGCUCAUCACUGUGCUGGAUUUACCAUGCUGUGGAAAAUUUCUUUGUACAUAUUUCUAGCACACAACUAAAAUUUGUCGGCAUAUGUGGUUAAGAAGAAAGUAAUGUUUUGUUGGAGAGAUUCAUUACAUUUGGGGUAUCUUGACUUUUAAGAGCUUAUUUUCAAAUUCCCUAAUUUAUGUUCUUCAGUGCUCUCUAAGCCAGGGUUAUAGAAAGUCAUUUCAUCAGGUGUGUUUCUUUGAUGAGACACUCUUAAAAAUGGCUACUACAGGUACUCCAGGGAAUUACUGAUAAAAUCAUGAGAAAUCCAACUAUGCCAUAACUUGUCAAUAGGAAAAUUUAGUCAAAGGUGAGUCAAUCAGUUGUUGGUAUAUGUCCUGAUAAAACAUGAAUUAGGUUUAAUCCUGGCUGCAAAGGGGAAGUAGAAGAAUGGCAAGGUCUUGGUUUUAAUGGUCUCAUGCAUCACUAGAUGGCCUUCCAGACACUCAGCUGGAAGAAUACAUUUCCAUGUUAUUUGCCUCCAAGAAGUCAGGAGUCUUUGGCAUAAUUUUUCUUUUCAAGUAUCAAAGUAGCUAUCACUAUUACAAUUACUGUAAGGAUACUCUAAUACCUGUAUUGCUUUUCUUCCUGAGAAUAUAUUUUUAAAAAAACAAGAACUUCUUAUUUUGCUGCCUUUUCUCCACCCUAGUUGUCCUCUUUGGUAGGAAAGCCUUGCCUGGCCUUCACACAUUUAUGAUAGUGGCUGUAUUAUUGUACAUUUUGAUGUCCUACAACCUUCAUCUCUUGUCAACUUUCACGGGAGUGAUGCAUCAGGAAGUGGAUUCUCUUUUGGCUUUAUGUGGUGGAUUUGCUGUAAUGAAACUCAGGACACUGACUCUAGCUAUUCAGGUCAUACAAAGAGAAAGUUGGUUUGAGUCCCACUGUUCCAAGGAAUUUUUUUCUGCCUUUUGAAUAUGGUCGUGGAUCGGAUUUUCUCUGGUAUCCAGCCAACUGGGACCCCUCAUCUGGGUAACUAUCUUGGAGCCAUUCAGAACUGGGUGAAUCUGCAGGAAAAGUGCAGCUCAGUGCUCUACAGCAUUAUGGACAUGCAUUCUCUCACCAUGCCCAAGGAGCCAGCUGUCCUGCGCCAAAACAUCCUCGACACCACUGCUGCCAUCCUUGCCUGUGGGAUUGACCCGAAGAAGUGUUUCCUGUUCCGGCAGUCACUGGUUCCUGAGCAUGCAGAACUUGCCUGGAUUCUUGGGUGCUUAACUAAUGUGCCACGUCUGCUACGUUUGCCCCAGUGGAAGAUGAAGCGUGCCAGCCAGAAUAGCGAAGGAACUGUUGGUUUGUUGACUUACCCCGUGCUUCAAGCAGCAGAUAUUUUGCUGUACAAGUCAACACGUGUUCCUGUUGGAGAAGAUCAAGUCCUGCACCUGGAACUAGCCCGAGAUAUAGCACAACAUUUCAACAAGAAAUAUGGAGAAUUCUUUCCUGUGCCCAAAGCCAUUUUAAGUCCAACAAAGAAAAUAAAAUCCCUCAGAGAUCCAUCAGUGAAGAUGUCCAAGUCAGACCCACAGAAGUUAGCUACUGUUAACAUAGCAGACAGCCCUGAUGAAAUAGUGCUGAAAUUUCGCAAAGCUGUGACUGACUUUACCUCGGAGGUGACCUAUGACCCCAUCGCUCGCCCCGGUGUCUCCAAUCUGGUGUCCAUUCACGCUGCAGUAACGGGGCUUAGCAUCAAAGAAGUGCUGCACCAAGCCACUGAUCUCGACACUGCUCACUACAAAAUGGUGGUAGCAGAGUCCGUUAUCCAAAAAUUUGCACCUAUCAGGAAUGAAAUCAAGAAACUCCAGGAAGACAAGUCCCAUCUGGUAAAGGUUUUAGAGGAUGGAGCAGAAAAAGCCAAAGAACUGGCUGCUCCUAUCUAUCAAGAAAUAAGAAGACUGGUGGGAUUUCAAUAG